UCCCACCAGCUUCUUCCUCGUUUCAACAUGGACACUAAAGUCUAAAACACUCAAUCAUUAGACAAGAGGACAAAAACCUCGUGUUUAUCAACAAAAAGAAUUUACAGGUGAUUUUGUCCGGCGAUGUCUUCGUCGCCGCCGUCCCCUUCGCCUGCCGCGUCACCACCUCCGCCACCUCCCACCAACGGCACUGCUUCGCCUCCGUCUCCUUCUCCUCCCACUAACAGUACCGUUUCAGCGUCUCCACCGACCAACUCUACGUCUCCGGCGGCGAGUACUCCAACUAAUGGAUCGAAUCCGGAGAUUCCCGUCACGCUGCCGGCUCCUAAUGGCCUGCCUCCUGGGGCGAUUGCGGGGCUUGUGGUAGGGGUGGUGAUAGGCGGUGCAAUUGUUUUAGCUGCUGUGGGCAUUUUCGUCCUUUUCUACAGAAGGAGAAAGCGGAAGCUUGCAGCUCAAAAUCUUCCUCAACAGGGGCCCAAAAAUGACUAUUCUUCUCCACCAGCUGAUUACAAAGGACCUAUGCUGCCAAAGCCUACUCCACCCCCUGGCAUUGCACCGACCCCAGUGCCUGUAUCCACUGAUGGCAAAACUCCUUCAGCGAGUGGCAGUUUGGGUGCUGAUAAACCUUUCCCACCGCCUUCCCCAGGUGUUAGUCCUGGAAGUUUGCAGAGCACAUUUACUUAUGAAGAGCUAAAGAUGGCAACAAACAAUUUCUCUAAUGCAAACAUCCUUGGUCAGGGAGGAUUUGGAUAUGUCCAUAAAGGAGUCCUUCCUAAUGGGAAAGUGGUAGCUAUCAAACAGCUCAAAGCUGGCAGUGGACAGGGGGAGCGUGAGUUUCAGGCAGAGGUUGAGAUCAUUAGUCGUGUCCAUCAUAGACAUCUUGUGACUCUGGUUGGAUACUGCAUUUCUGGGGCCCAGAGAUUGCUUGUCUACGAGUUUGUUCCAAAUAAAACCUUGGAAUUUCAUUUACAUGGAGAUGGAAGACCAACUAUGGACUGGCCAACUAGAAUGAAAAUUGCUUUAGGGUCAGCCAGAGGAUUGGCCUAUCUGCAUGAAGACUGUCAACCCAGGAUUAUACACCGUGAUAUAAAGUGUGCAAAUAUUCUUAUUGACAAUAGCUUUGAGGCAAAGGUGGCUGAUUUUGGACUUGCUAAGUAUUCUUUAGAUACUGAUACUCAUGUCUCUACUCGAGUUAUGGGAACUUUUGGUUACUUGGCUCCGGAGUAUGCUGCAUCUGGGAAGCUCACUGAAAAAUCAGAUGUCUUCUCCUUUGGGGUUCUGCUACUGGAGUUGAUUACUGGGCUUCGGCCUUCUGGCAGAAAUCCUUCCUUUGAUGAUGAUAGCAUGGUUGACUGGGCAAAACCUUUGCUCGCUCAAGCUUUGGAAGAGGGCAACUUUGGGCCUCUUGUUGACCCAAAGUUGAAGGAGUAUGACUCCACUGAAAUGGCUCGAAUGGUUGCUUGUGCUGCUGCUUCUGUACGUCAUUCAGCAAGGCGUCGUCCACGAAUGAGCCAGAUAGUUCGAGCAUUGGAAGGAAAUAUGCCUUUGGAAGAUCUGAAUGACGGAAUCACACCGGGACACAGCUCUGUAUAUGGUUCAUAUGGAAGCUCAGAAUAUAACUCAAUUAAAUACAGGGAGGACAUGAAGAAAUUCAGGAAGGCGGCACUAGAAAUAUUAGACCUGGGUAGUAGUGAAUUCAGUGGGCAGACGAGCGAUGACGGUCCAAACCAAUCUAGUUCAAGUACUGAAGGCCAGCAAACUACCCAAGAGAUGCAACCGCAGAAAGCAGAGAAAGACACCAAGUUUGCUAAUCAAAGCUCUUGACUGCUUAGCUUGCGCAUAAAAUCUGGAAAAGGAAGAAAAUAUCAGGUUGGACAAGAUGAACACACUUUGUUCACACGAUAUCAAAGUUUUUAUACCCGGAACAACUCAGCUGAAAUUGAAUAGCUCAAACGAUUCGAUAGGGAAAAUUCAUUGUUUCUUGAUUCGCAAAACCCAAUUGACGCAGGCAGAUGUGGCAUUUUGCGCUCUGAAAUGAAUAGUUGGAGAAUGGGGAAAAGGCAAUUUUAAAGUAGAUGAAUGCUAGUAUUAUUUGUAUAUGAAUAGAAUGUUUAAAACUGGAUUAGUUCCGUUGAUGAGCAAUAUAUAAAUGUGAUAGAGAUGAUUAUCUUCAGA